GCGUUUGUACAUGCAUGUCAAACUGGCGCGGAAACGGUCCAAAGUGCUGUAAAUCAACGGCCAUGGACGUUUGGCAACUUGUAAAUAACAUUUUUUGUUGCUGUUAGAUAUAAUUGAAAAAUUGAUUCUUGCUCAAGCCAAAUAUUACGGACGUAAUCACUAUCAAUAAUGAAGCCUGUACGUGGUUCCAAUCCGGAAGCAGCGAAAGUACCCAGGCUAAAACGCAAGUCUCAAAAGAAAACUCAGCCAGCAACCGAUCACUCGGAUCCGCCGCCCGCUGACGACAACAAUGGCAAGACCAAACGCCAGAAAUGGACAAAGCAAAGAAACGUCCAAGGCCCAAGAAACCUGAAGAAGAUCCAGAGAUCCUCCAUCGUUGCACUGGAGGAUAUGAUGAACCUAGCAAUACUGACAACUCUUGGUUUGGGACAGACAGAGAAGAAGAAGAGCCAGGAACAUCUAAAUAUUGUGAAAAACAGGUUCCUAACUCGGUGUGCAGAGCUUCAAGUUCCAGUGCAGAAACAUAAAGAGUUCGGGCCCUCAUCGCAGGAGAGAAAGAAGUCUGUGCCUGAUAAGCAAACUCUGAGUUCCCUGGAGGAAGACCUGAGGGCUGUGGUCAGUGUGCUGGAGAGCACAGAAAAGCAGACAUCCUCUUUGCAGCAUGAAUGCAAUUCUCUGAGAGAACAGCUAGAAGAGGAGGAGGCCAAAGCUAAGGAGAUAUUACUGAGAAGCAAGCAAACAGUCCUUGGCCUCCCUUCAUACCCUCCACGGAAGGAUGAAACAACCUUGGAGGCUCGUUUGAGAAAACAGGUCCCGGAGAACGACUGUGAGGCCAUAUCGCUCAAACUGGGAGCAAUCUUGCAAAAGUCAGAAGCGGUAAAAAAUGCCAAGGACCUACUUACACAAGCACAUAAACAUGUUGAUCAGCUGUUCGACUUAUAAUUGUUCCCUGUCAGUGUUUCCUCUUGUUCCAAAGGCAACUAACCACCUGCUACAUAUUUUUACAAGAAACUCAAAAGAUGUGUAUAGAAGUGUUAUGUGGUACUGCAAAUGUAUUUUGGAAUAGCUGCAGUAAUUGAGUACUCGGAGCCACUUUGUUUAAAAAUAUUUUUAGAAUUGUAAAAGUCUACAUUCGUAAGAAUAAUAAAAAUAAUCUCUCAUCAAA